ACAGAACAGCACAAAUGGAUAUUAGGGUUUGUCAUCCGGAGGCAUAUUUACUGAGUAAAGCCUCCCUCGUCUCAAUGUCUCAGCUUGUAUGAAUGAAGGUGUGAAAGAUCGAAAACUGCUCUCCUAUUCUAUGUAUUCGUAUUAUAUACAUGGGCCGAUGUCCGGCAAUUCCGGCGGGAGACUGUGUAUUUGUCUGAAUUGAUUUGAUUUGAUUUGGGAGGUGUUUUACUGUCUCUUUUUUACUCCAGAUCUACACGUUAUUGAGAGAAAGCUGAUCCCAAGUUAUAUAAUAUAUUAUUCAAAGUAUUCUAACAAGGGCAGGGAGUGUGGAUCACUGAAUUUCUUGAGCACUUCCUUUCUCCCUCUCUUUUCUUGGGUAUUUAUUUAGCGGUGAGGCAUUUGAGCACACGUAAUUAAGUGUUGCAGUGUUGUUGGGAUCGAGUUUUUACUCCAAAGACGGUGUUUUUUCAGUAUAGAGCUGGGAUCACGUCUGUCGACUGUGACCCAUCUUGUUAUAUUGCUUCCUGUAUAGAAAGCAAAUCCCUUGAUCGAGAGCUCUGUGUUUGGAUCGAUACUGAAACCUUCUCUUUUUGAAUAUUGGUCUCUACCCGGAGCUUAGAUAUGAGAAAUUUGAGGUGAAAGGGACAACUUUUUGUCUCAAUUUUCGUAUAUAUAUCAUCUUUCUCACGCUACAUCUCAGGUUGGGAAAAUGUCCAGGCCUCUUCUUCGUGGUUCAACUGGUGGGGAGCAUUUAUUUGGGAACAACCCUGACUUAUUGGAUGAUUCUCAGAUGAAAGACAAGAUGGAAAAGGGUGGUGUGGACAAAAACCAUCCCAUUUCUAACCAAACAUAUUUAUCUUUUAGAUUCCCAUUCCGGUUUCUUUUUCAAGACAGUCCAUCUACUAAAAGACAGAGUCUUGGUGAAAACGGUUUUGCAUCGGACCAUGUUAACGCCAUAAAUAUAAGAAACCGCCACAAGUUGGCUAUGCUCUUGGUUAAGUUAAGCUUAAUUAUGAUUGUAGUUAUUGCUCUUACCGGUUCAUUAUGGUGGACAAUCUCAAUAACUACCACAUCGCGAGGUUACUUAUUCCGUGGAUAUAGGAGACUUCAGGAACAACUUGUAUCUGACCUAUGGGAUAUUGGCGAGCUAUCAGACGGUAACCCUAGGUUAAAAGAGAUGGAAUUCUGUCCACAAGAGUCUGAAAAUCAUGUCCCAUGCUAUAACAUCUCAGAUAGCGUUGCUAUGGGAUUUUCUGAUGGACAAGAGCUUGACAGACAUUGUGGCCAAGGAUCGCUGAAGAACUGCUUGAUCCUUCCACCACUCAAUUAUAAGAUUCCUCUUAGAUGGCCUACUGGAAAAGAUGUUAUCUGGAUUGAAAAUGUCAAGAUUAAUGCACAGGAGGUAUUAUCAUCUGGGAGCUUGACGAAAAGAAUGAUGAUGUUGGAAGAAGAGCAGAUAUCUUUUCGUUCUACAUCCUUCACAUUUGAUGGUAUUGAAGACUAUUCUCAUCAAAUAGCAGAAAUGAUAGGACUGAGGAAUGAAUCAAAUUUCAUACAAGCUGGAGUUAGAACCAUCUUGGACAUAGGUUGUGGCUAUGGAAGCUUUGGUGCACAUCUAUUCUCAAAGCAAUUGUUAACAAUGUGUAUUGCAAACUAUGAAGCUUCAGGUAGUCAAGUCCAAUUAACUCUGGAAAGAGGUCUUCCUGCAAUGAUUGGUUCACUAAAUUCUACGCAGUUGCCUUUCCCAUCAAUUUCCUAUGAUAUGGUUCAUUGCGCGCGAUGCGGGGUCGAUUGGGAUAUAAAAGAGGGCAUUUUUCUGAUAGAGGUGGACCGAGUUUUAAGGCCUGGUGGAUAUUUCGUCCUGACAUCUCCACUAACCAAUAUUCAGGCAUCCAUUUUUUAUAAAGGAAAUGAAAAAGGAUGGAAGUUUGUUAGUGAUUUUUCAGAAAACCUCUGUUGGGAGUUGUUAUCACAACAAGAUGAAACUGUUGUCUGGAGAAAAAAGAGUGAAAGGAGUUGCGAUGCCAGAAAAUCUGGGUCUGCUACAUCCAUCUGCAGUAAAUCUCAAGAUGUUGAAUCGCCAUACUAUCGGCCACUACAAUCCUGUAUAGCUGGAACUCAGAGUCGUAGAUGGAUACCCAUUGAGGAAAGGCCAACCUGGCCUUCUAGGUCUAAAUUGAAUCCUUCUCAGCUUGCAAUCUAUGGUCUGCAUUCAGACGACUUUGCUGAGGAUUCAGAACAUUGGACUAAUGCUGUUCACAACUACUGGUCACUUCUAUCUCCUUUGAUAUUUUCGGAUCAUCCAAAGAGACCUGGUGAUGAAGAUCCAUCUCCACCUUAUAACAUGCUUAGGAAUGUGCUGGACAUGAAUGCACAUUAUGGUGGUUUCAAUUCUGCUUUACUUGAAGCUGGGAAAUCUAUAUGGGUUAUGAAUGUGGUUCCUACAAGUGGCCCUAGCAACCUCCCGUUAAUACUUGACCGGGGCUUUGUAGGAGUACUACAUGACUGGUGUGACCCAUUUCCAACCUACCCUCGAACAUAUGACAUGGUACAUGCACAGGGUCUUUUGACAGUUGAAACUAGUCAACAACAAAGAUGUUCCUCAUUGGAUAUCUUCAUGGAAAUGGACCGAUUACUCCGCCCAGAGGGAUGGGUAAUAAUGCGUGACACGACUGGUCUUAUUGAAUCAGCAAGAGCUCUGGCAACAAAGUUGAAAUGGGAUGCACGCGUUGUAGACAUAGAUAGCAACGGUGAGGAGAAACUACUAGUCUGCCAGAAACCAUUCUUUAGAAGACAAGUGAGCCAGAAAUGAUAUCUAUAUAUACUUUUAACUC